AGCAAUGAUGCUGGAGAGAUCCGUCGCCAGGUCGAGUUCUACUUCUCCGACUCCAACUUGCCAUGCGACGCAUUCCUCCUCGCCGAGACUGGCGGCCACGCCAACAAGCCAAUUCCUAUCAAGACCAUCCACAACUUCAAGCGCAUGCGUCACUUCCAGCCAUUCAGCGCUGUAGUCGACGCUAUCAAAGGCAGCGACUUCCUCGAGGUCAACGACAAGGAUGAGGUCUUCCGCAAGGAGCCGCUGGAUAGCAAGUUCACCGACGACCCUAAGGAGAACGACAAGCUUCUUACGUCGGUCAGCAUGGGACGCAGCAUCUAUGCCAAAGGGUUCGGUGAAGAGACUGAUAGCAGCGCUUUCGACAUUGAAGAAUUCUUUUCGCCAUACGGUGUUCGCUCCGUCCGUCUCCGCCGCCAGCAGGACGGCACCUUCAAGGGCUCCGUGUUCGUUGAGUUCCAGGACGAGGCUGCAGCCACCCAAUUCCUCGAGAUGGAGGAGAAGCCCAAGUACAACGACAAGGAGCUCUUGACCAUGAGCAAGAGGCAGUACGUCGACACAAAGGUCAAUGCCAUUCACGAAGGCACCGUGCAGCCAAGAUCUCCUAAGCAGUGGGGCAACAACCGUGAGAACCGUCGCGGCGGUGAUCGUGGAGGUCGUGGUCGUGGUCGUGGUGACCGCCGCGAUCGUGGCGAUCGUCGU